AUGGGGAAGAAAUCUAAGAAGUCUCAACAAAGUAACUGGGACGAUGAUUUGGGCGAAGAUGUCUCUCCAGCACCAGUUUCAGAGGAAUUGACCGCUGAAAACUCAGUAGAGGCAAGCCCUGCGGUUGAAUCGAGCACAGACGCCGCUUCUACAGCAGAUGCUGAAGAACUGGAUCAAGAUUUCAUGUCUGCGCUAAAAAGCUCCAAGACUAAAGCUGCUACAAGAGAGAAAGACCAGGAAUCCAAGAAACCAGUCAUCAAGUCGAAAAAGGAGAAGGAAAAAGAGAAGAAGGAACUAGAAAAGCAGCAGAAGAAGGAGCAAGCUGCUAAGAAAAAGGCACAACAACAAGCUCAAAAGGAGAAAAACAAAGAGCUUAACAGACAGCAAGCAGAGUCAGCUGCGGACGCCAAAAAAGCCAAACAGAAUAAGAGUAAUGAGGGCGAAGCAUCGUCCGAUGGUGCCAGUAAUGCUUCUGCGGGCGCUAAAAAGGGCGGCAAGAAGGUUCCUGCCGGUCUUGCGGCUCUUAGACGUCAAUUGGAAAUGAAAAAACAGUUUGAAGAACAAGAACGUUUGGAACGUGAGGAAGAAGAACGUUUGGAAAAGGAGGAAGAAGAGCGUCAGGAACAGCUCAAGCAGGCCGAUGAAGAGUCUAAGCGUGAAAAGCGUGAGAAGGAAAAGGCCAAACGUGAAAAAUUGAAGGCUGAGGGUAAACUCUUGACCAGGAAACAGAAAGAAGAGAAAAAACUGCUGGAAAAAAGACGUGCAGCACUUCUGGCUGCCGGAAACAUCAAGGUUGCCGGUUUGGACAAGUCUGAAGAUUCCGAUGCCAAGCCUAAGAAAGUGGUUUACGGGAAAAAGAAGAAGAAGACACAACAGGAAAAAGAUGCCGAACUAGCAGCAGCUGAAGCGCAAAAGAAUGCCGAAGCCGCUGCUGCUGCAGAAGGCGACGAAGAGGAGGCCCUCAUUGACGACUGGGAGAAUCUAAUCGAUGAUGACAAUGAAGAAGCAGAAGAGACUAAAGAAACCGAGUCCCCAGAAUUAGAGGACAAGGUCGAAGAGACUCCCUCUGAAGCUACACAAGUGGCAGAAGCUAAACCAGAACCAGUCAUUGAAGAAAUACCACGUCCUACACGUCCAUCUCCAUCUCCAGCGCCAGCAGGUCAGCAGGACCUACGUUCGCCAAUCUGCUGUAUUUUGGGUCACGUCGAUACCGGUAAGACAAAAUUGCUGGAUAAGAUUAGACAGACCAACGUUCAAGGUGGUGAGGCCGGUGGUAUCACGCAGCAAAUUGGUGCCACCUACUUCCCCAUUGACGCUGUCAAGACUAAGACUCAAUCGAUGGCUCAGUUCGAGAAACAGACUUUCGACGUUCCCGGUUUGCUGGUCAUCGAUACACCAGGUCACGAAUCUUUCACUAACUUGCGUUCCAGAGGUUCUUCCUUAUGCAAUAUCGCCAUUCUGGUUAUCGACAUCAUGCAUGGUCUAGAGCAACAAACAAUCGAAUCCAUUAGAUUGUUAAGAGACAGAAAGGCUCCAUUCGUUGUUGCCCUCAACAAGAUCGACAGAUUGUACGACUGGCAAAGUAACCCUAACGAUGCUUUCAGAAGCACUUUCCAGAAACAAACCAGAGGUGUCAAGCAGGAGUUUGCCACCAGAUUGGAGGCUAUCAAAGUUGCUCUUGCCGAGCAGGGUCUGAACUCUGAGCUGUACUUCCAAAACAAGAACAUGUCGAAAUACGUGUCUAUUGUACCUACUUCUGCCGUUACCGGAGAGGGUAUUCCAGAUUUGUUAUGGCUAUUGCUAGAAUUGACUCAAAAGAGAAUGUCCAAGCAGCUAAUGUACUUGUCUCACGUUGCAGCCACGGUGUUGGAAGUCAAGGUUGUUGAAGGUUUCGGUACAACGAUUGAUGUCAUUUUGUCUAACGGGUACUUGAGAGAAGGUGAUCGAAUUGUGCUUUGCGGGUUGAACGGUCCAAUUGUAACCAACAUCAGGGCCUUGCUAACUCCUCAGCCUCUGCGAGAGCUUCGUUUGAAAUCUGAAUACGUACAUCACAAAGAAGUCAAGGCUGCUCUCGGUGUCAAAAUUGCCGCUAACGAUUUGGAAAAAGCGGUUUCUGGUUCCAGACUACUAGUGGUUGGUCCCGAUGACGAUGAGGAAGAGAUGAUGGAUGAUGUCAUGGACGACUUGACCGGCCUUCUUGAUUCCGUUGAUACUUCUGGCCGUGGUGUGGUGGUUCAGGCCUCUACUUUGGGUUCCUUAGAGGCCUUGCUAGACUUUUUGAAAGACAUGAAGAUUCCCGUCAUGUCCAUCGGCUUGGGCCCCGUCUAUAAGAGAGAUGUGAUGAAAGCUUGUGCCAUGCUGGAAAAGGCUAAGGAAUAUGCCGUUAUGUUAUGCUUCGACGUUAAAAUUGACAAAGAAGCCGAGCAUUAUGCCGAGGAACAAGGUGUCAAGAUUUUCAACGCGGACAUUAUCUACCACCUGUUCGAUGCGUUUACUGCAUACCAGGAGAAGCUUAUGGAACAGCGCCGUAAGGACUUCCUGCAUGAUGCCAUUUUCCCUUGUGUGCUCAACACCUUACAGAUCAUCAACAAGCGUGGUCCAAUGAUUAUCGGUGUUGAUGUCAUUGAAGGUGCUGUACGCAUCGGAACGCCGAUAUGUGCUGUUAGAACCGACCCUGCCACAAAGGAGAAACAGAUUUUGCUGUUAGGUAGAGUUGUGUCGCUUGAAAUUAACCACCAAGCUCAUAAUGAGGUCAAAAAGGGUCAAACGGCCGCCGGUGUUGCCAUGCGUUUGGAGGAUCCAUCGGGUCAACAGCCUAUAUGGGGUCGUCAUGUCGACGAGAAAGAUACCCUUUACUCUUUGAUUACUAGAAGAUCCUUGGACACUUUGAAAGAUCCAGCUUUCAGAGACCAAGUGGCCAAAUCGGACUGGUUGUUAUUGCGUAAGAUGAAGACUGUUUUUGGCAUUGAGUAA